AUGUACAAUUCGGCGUCUCAUCAGGACGGCAUCCCAGGAUAUCCAAGUACGUAUGCUACUCUUGGUGGCUCCCGAUAUUUAUCCCUGAGCUCUUCUGCUCCCUUAGAGACUGUAUUCCGUCCGGCAGCAACGUCUUUCUAUCAGCCCUACGUGCCAUGGUUGGCAAGGCCAUAUACAUUAGAAGAUUUUCGAAAUGCAGCCAGUACCCCUUUGGGCAAGCACAGACGAAACAGAACAGCUUUCUCACAACAACAACUGUCAGCUCUGGAACAAACUUUUACAAAAACACAGUAUCCUGAUCUAGAAAGUAGGGAGAACUUAGCUCGGAAAACUGGACUCCCAGAACCAAAAAUUCAGGUUUGGUUCAAAAACCGACGAGCAAAACAGAGAAAGCUGCAGAAGGGUGGAGAUAAGAAUUUUGCAGCUCAGGAUAAAAGUAAGGAAAUUAUCAGUUCAACUACAACUUCACCUCAGACCCCCACCGAUAAAGAAACUUGCACAAGAACUAUCGCAGCACAUUGCAGCUCUGAGGUUCAAAGAAGCAAUACUGUGUCGAGUGCAAGAUUGUUAGAAUGCUCUGCAUCACAAGAAAAAAUAGAUCUCAACCUAAAUUCCAUCUCUGGCAGUGAAGUUUCUGGGUCAAAAACUUCACCGGAAGCUAAUCCUGAUAUAAGUUAUGGUAUGCACACGAUAGGCUACUCAGAUUAUAAGACAAAAAGCUUAACUCGACAAUGUUUAUCCACUGUUCCGAAACGCCAAGAUGAUAGCUUCGCAGAAGACUUGACUCUAGAAACUUCGAACCCAGAUCUAGUCAAACAACAGCAUCCCCUCAACUUGUGGACCAGCAAGAUUCCUCCUUAUCUGAAUCCUACUCCUUCGGAUCCUCAUUGCAGAUUUUUGCCCAUGGUUCCAUCCUUCUUGUAUCCGCACUUGCCCGGGAAUUGGCCAUAUACGUAUUAUAGUGCUACCGGCCCUAGCGAAGUGACUCAGAUUUGCUCUGGGAAGCCAUCAUGCAUAUCGAUGGAAAGAGGAGAUGGUGUAGGUCAGUGUUUUGCUGAAACUGACUCUUGAUUUGUUUCGGAUGUUUGGACCUUUUACAAUUAACAAUCAAGACUGCACAAAGUUGUAAAUGUUAUUAUUUAUUUACCAAAUCAGUAAUGGCGAACCUUUCAGGCUUGUUAUCUCAGGAAACUGAUUAAUUUAAUUCCACUGGCAUGUCGAUCUUCGAGAGAAACUGCUUUCUGCUAGUCUAUAUAAUCCUUUAUUAAACAAGAGUGGUGUUUAAUAAAUGAUUAUAUUUAUCAAUCAUUUAUUCAAUCAUGAGUGGUGUUGUGUAUUAUAUACUUAAACAUCAAAUGAUCACGAAGAUAAAUAAGUAAAAGAAACUUAUCCUUAAAGAAUUUAAAUUAGUUUCAUUAUUAAAAGCAGCUCCGUACAGCAAAUUGAAUAAGCAGAAGAAAAACAGCUGCGAAGCAAAAAUAUGAAGUCAACAAAAAUGAAAGAAAAACCCAUGAUUUUUAUGAUAGACAAAGAUAUUAGCAUCCCGAAAUAUUACUUUACUUCUAAUGCUGGCAAAUAAUUCAUUUGAAGAGACACGGCAUGUAAAACAGUGUACUGGAUUUAUGAAGAAUAAUUAAUCACUUUUUGUCGAAGACAUUUAAUGAUAUGUAGUCAAACUCAGAAUUAUUUGCAUUUAUGGGAGAGGGUUUGAUCUUCCUCCAGGACUUCCUAAUCGAAAUUAACGCAGAGAAAAAUCUGUAAAUGAAAGCGGAUUCUUCAAUCCUUUCAAGCCAUGUAAACAGCAGUUAUUUCAUGUCAGUUUCCUUUGCCAUGUAUAAUAUCGCUUAAUCUUAGUUGAAAAGUCUUGCAGAAAUAUGUGAAAAAAAACUAAUAGAUAUUUAAGGAUGCUGAAAAGUUUUGAAACGAAACAAUAAAAUAAUUCAACACAACUCUUUUAAGCUCGCAUGGAGCCUGAUUAGAACUAAAUCAAGAAUAGCUGUUUAUGGAAUAACCAGGAAUAAUAUGGGUGCAGUUUCAUGCUAAAAGUGUGGUGUAUCUCCGUUGAGAAGCUGUUUACAGGUUCGUCAUCACUACCUUGAUGUGGAAAAUAAUAAAAUCUCCAAGAAAAUGCAAAAAAAAAAAAAAAAAAAAAAAAA